CAGUCCUUCAUUUGAUAUCAGCCCCUUCUUCUAUUCUUCAGCUAAAUUCAUCAAGGAGGCUUUGAGCACCCCUGGUGGAUGGCUUGGAAAUCACUUCGUGAAGAGUCUUGGAUGAGUGGCGAGUACGAGACACCAAGCCUUUCGGCCCUUGAGCACUUGCUGUGGCUUAAUAAGCAUUCAACGGGGCAUGUCCAUGAAGUCUGGCCAAAUCUAUACAUAGGAGAUGAGUACACAGCACGAGAUAAAACUGAGCUGCUCAGCCUUGGCAUCACUCACAUUGUGAAUGCUGCUCAUGGAAGGUAUCACGUUAACACUGGAGCAGGUUACUAUAGUGACAUGCAUAUAGAUUACUAUGGCGUGGAGGCAGACGAUGACCCGGAGUUUGACCUUAGUCCAUACUUCCACCCAACUGCUAAAUUUAUCAGGGCAGGACUUAAUUCACCAAAGGGUAAAGUAUUAGUUCACUGCGCAAUGGGGAUAAGUCGAUCUGCUGCUCUUGUUUUUGCUUUCCUGAUGAUAUGCAAGAAGAUGACUUUGGUUGAAGCUAUCAAGACAGUGGGCAGACAUCGGGAUGUGUGCCCCAAUUCUGGGUUUUUAAGCCAGCUUAGACAACUAGACAUCACUUUAGCAUUUGAAAGGAAAAGGAGAGAAGACCAUUACAGGCUCUGACCGUGAAUACAGCGACAUCAGCCUUGGAGGUAAUGUGCACGAUAAAAUUACAUUAAAUAUUUUAUGCAGUUUAUAUCUUAAAAGAUUAAUCUAAGAAAUUAGUGCUAUUAAUUGUUACAGGAAAGAGUUUAACACUGUUUUACCAUGCUAUUUUCUAAAUUUACUUAGGCCAUUAAGCAGCGUAUUAACUAAUGAUCAGCAGAAAAGAUGUGAUUAAACCAAUUUAUGAAGUGUACAGUAUGUGCAUAAGUAUGUUAACACCGGAAUAAACUAUAUUAAUUCUAUGUUGACAGCACCAAAGAUUCAAUUUUCUCAGGGUAGUUUAAUCAGAUUUUUCCACUUAACAGUGAAAAUAUGGAAAUAGACAAUUCAAUACAAUCAUUUUUGUAAUGAAUUCUUUAACCUCUAAGGAAAAUAUCAGUUUAAGAGACAACUGCGAUUAUGUAUGUAACUCUGAUAACUCAGAACAUUCACAUCUUAAAUGUGAGGCAAAUGUCCUCUAUGUCACCAAUGCUUGUACAGACUUGUCUUGAGUAGCUAUUAUCUACCAAUACAGACGUCAAACUUAGACCUAAAACGUGCUUCAGCAGUGUCUACCCUUUGCCCAACACAAUACAUUCAAAGUAGUUUGAUAAAUUAUACAAACAGUUUUUAAAUCUACAGUUAAAUAUAUGGAUAUAGCAGAGGCAUGCUAAAAUCUGGGUACCUCAGUUGAACUGCAUAUUUCACUAAUCCUCUAAGUAUAAACAUCUGUAUUAUGCAUUAUUUCUUUGGGUAUUUAUCAUGUUGAAGAUAUAAAACCAUGAAUGUGGCAUGUGCAAGUUUUGGUCACCCUUAUAAAUUAACAGCUUUUUUUUUAAGGCAUCAAAACCGGUUUUAUUCAUUAAUUCCUUAAAUGAACCCACAUGAAAACAAUGCCAAAGCUGAAUAAGCAUCCUGAACAUUUUAGCUUCUCAGGGUGUAAGGCCGUCUCUUCACAAUUACAGAAUUCUCCAUGGAACUGGCGAAGAUAUUGAGGUAAAAACAAAUACAACUCUUGCAAAUUAAGGAAAGCCUAUAAAAAUAUUUAUACACAUCCCACUCAGAAGUAGCGUUAACAAAUCAAAGCUAGGAGGAACUACUAAGCUCAUGACAAGAACCAGGAAAACAUCUGUUAGACCUUCUAAUAAACUUGUCAGAUUUGCAAAGCACAAUCCACACAUCACUACAAAGGAACUGCAGAAAGGUUUAGAGGACACCGGGCUGUUGUCCACAAUACAGUGUUACUUUAACAAAAUGACAGACCUCUCUUUAAGCUUUUACAGAUGUCAAGUUAGAAUAGGCUAAAAGAUCUUGUUAUUGAUUAAUUAUAUAAAAAUAGGUUUGUGCAUGAAUGUUGUGAUGCUUUAAGAUUUUGUGGCAGGAAGUGACAAAGGAAGUACUUUGUGGGCAAAGAAAAAAACGGAUUUAACUAAACAACAGAAGAUCCUAGAAAUUCAUCAGUCAGCGUCAGCAAAGAAAUUUAAUUUGAGAAAAGGUUGGAUAUUUUAAGGUACCUUUCACUAGUUGCCACCAUUCAAAGCAGAAAAAAGGACUUUCCCAUCUACUUUUUUAAAACAAAUGUGUGUUUGGCAGAUGACAAGUUACAUCUUGUAAUUCACAUACUGUAUGUGUAGCCAGUGAUGUAGGAAGAGAACUGUCUGACAGUAGAGUGACACCACAGUAUAUAGUCUGGUGUGAGCAGUGGGCUCUGUAGUGGGUCAGUAAGCCUCAGCGAGAGAACUUGAUUUGUCCCAUGGGGAACUUGUUCCCUUUCCAGAUGCAGCCAGGAUACGCAUUAGCUUCCCAAAACUCUGAAGAUGAUAAGUAGGUUAGAAAAAGGGAUGGAGAAUUUAAUGAAUGCAUACUUCACUAAAUUUUGAAAAGUUACAGUAUGUGCAUUUAUUCUGACAAUUAUUAAACUUGAAGGCUUUGGGUGGUUCUUUUCAAAAGCAAAAGGUGUCUAGUAGUUGCAUUCAUUUCCUGUAUCAUUUAUCGGAGUCUCUUUGUUUAUAGUCAGCUGUCUACUAUUGAACUUA